GCCUUGUUUUGCACGCCGUGAGCAGCCCCGGUGGGACCUUGGGGCGUCGCGGGCUGCGCUUCUGGCGCGUCGGUAGUGGGCGGCGACUUCUGUUCCUUUUGCGCGACGCAUUCGGGCCUGCUUGCGAAAAGGCACAUGGCUCAGGCCGAUGCUCAGGCGCAGGAGCUGUCGGCGUUGACGCUACAAAAUGACGUCGAAGACCCGGCGGGGACGCUGUUAUCGCUGCCGCCAGAGCUCCUACAAAGGGUCAUGGAAUUCCUUAUGGUGGUGGACGACGUUCACGAGGCGGAGCGGGUCACCAAGCUCGUGCGGUCCGCGGCGCGGUUCGUGUUAACGCGCGGGCGGUGGAAACCGGUAAAGUUCGUCGCCGAGCAUGGCACGCAAUUGAUUCUCGCUGCUGGCCGCGUGGCCCAGGACCGCGGCGCGAGCACGCCCGCCGAGCGCGACGUACCAGCCUCGUCACUCGCGCUCUGCCGAGCGGCCUGGGCGGUGGACCCGAACGAGACUCUGAGAAUAUUAUUCACCUAUACUGGAGGCGGUGGAAAGCGCGCCGCUUUACUAGAGGGCCGUUUGCUCGCACUCAUCGAGCCGUCUCUCGACGGUUUGGAACGCAUUGUGAGGCUCUUGGAACCGGCUCAUCGCUUCGUCUACGCUAAGACUCAGCUGAUACGUUGGGACUUCGACACGGAGUCCCCGAGUAGUCAGGGAGGCAGAUCCGUUUCCGGAAUUAGGUGGUGGGCGGAGCAUAUAGGAACUCCUAUCACCUGGCCGUGGGUGGAGCACCAUGCGGAACGCCGCAAUCUCGUGGUUGGCUAUGUCUCCGGAGCGUUGGAGUCUUGGACUGACGCGGCGGUGGCGGUGGAUUUCUUUCGUUGCUUCUUUGGCAGAUAUUAUAAGGGACCGGUUCCCGACCUGGACGACUUCACGCGGGGCUGGGGCGAACGGGAGGCGUCGGCCUUUGCCGCGGCCUACGCUGCGGAUGUGGCGGCAGAAGAACUGAGCGGGAUUGCUUUUGAUUCUCACGGGUUUGGGGGGGGACAAGAUUUCCCUACUUUGCCGGGAAAGGUACGUCAAGUAGAGGAAAUCCUUCAUUUGGACGAUCGAGUGGACCUCGAGCACAUGGAGCAGUAUGAUACGUCUUGGGAGGAGGAAUACUUAUUGGCGGUCAAGCGAGCGAGCCGCUUCCCCGGAGAUUAUUACUAGCCCGU